CUCCCGCCUAACCCUCCCGAGCCAGAAACCACAGAGAGCGGAGACCAGAGAGGCCCAGCGCGGUUCCUCCAGCCGAGCGCUUCCGCCCCUGCCUCUGUGGCUGCGCCGUUGCUGUGGAGACGGAAGAUGGCGGCCGCAGGUCCCGCUGUAGGGAGAGGCGACGCUGAGCCCCUCAGCUCCGGACCAUGAGCUGGCUCUGCCACUGGGGAUGCCGGGGCUGAGAACACCAAACCCCGCAGAAGGAAGAUGCUCCAAACCAGCAACUACAGCCUGGUGCUGUUCGUGCAGUUCCUCCUGCUUUUCUACGACCUGUUUGUCAACUCCUUCUCGGAGCUUCUCCGCACGGCCCCCGCCGUCCAGCUCAUCCUCUUCAUCAUCCAGGACAUCGCUAUUCUCUUCAACGUCAUCAUCAUCUUCCUCAUGUUCUUCAACACCUUCGUCUUCCAGGCCGGAUUGGUCAACCUCCUCUUCCACAAGUUCAAGGGGACCAUCCUGCUGUCGGCGGCCUACCUGGCACUCAGCAUCUCCUUCCACGUCUGGGUUAUGAACCUGCGGUGGCGGGACUCCAGCCGCUUCAUGUGGACCGAAGGCCUCCAGACCCUUUUUGUUUUCCAGCGCCUGGCCGCUGUGCUCUACUGUUACUUCUACAAGAGGACGGCGGUGCACCUGGGCGACCCGCUUUUCUACCAGGACUCGCUUUGGCUCCGCAAGGAAUUUGCACAGUUCCGGGGCUGAUGGUGCCCCUCGGACUCUGGGUGACCCACCGUCUCCCUCCUUGGCUACCCGCCAUCUCCCGCUGUCUCUCUGCACCUCACAGGCCUCAUUGGGGAUGGCUGCAGCUCAGCCACCUUCCUCUUCUUCCUCCCCGAGACCGGCGCUGGCACAGCUCGUGCGGAUGCCGGGAAUCGGUGGGACACUUGCCGCGCAUCCCGGCUGCACCAUGGGAAGGUCCGUCCCGGUGCUACAGCCCCUGUUGGGACUUGAGUGUUUUUGUAAACAGUAAAGAAAUAAAUUGGCUGUGUUUUCGA